CAAAGUUUUGUACUUUCCAACACUGAAUAUCCCAGUGUCAAGCGUCACCUUUUUUGCUUUGAAUAGUUCUUAUGAUAGCAGCAUUUGUAACUUUUUGUGUAAACUUAAUAAAAGGGCACUAAAAAUGAACAUGAGUGGCGAAACAGAAACAUUUAACUCAGAAUGUCCAAUAUGUCUUGAAGAGCCCCAAACUGCCAUAGAGCUGCCUUGCAAACAUCAGAUGUGUCAAGAAUGCUUCGAUCAUUUACGGAGGAACACUUGUAGUAUGCGUUUUAAUUGCACAUUGUGCCGUAAGGUAAUUGAAGUAGCGUAUAAGACGGUAAUAAAGAAAACAGAAGGAAAUAAUGUUAUAAAAGAAAGAGUCAUAUAUUAUGAUGCCAGGAAAUGUCGUGUGCUUUUGAAAAAAGAUUUUAAGUGAACUCGUAAAGCCGAAGCCUCUACGAUUACAAAAACUAAAGAAAAAAAAAGAUUAGAAAAUGUUUAAUUAAUUAGUAUUCCUGAGAA